UUUCUCGGAUGUCCGCUCAGCAAGAGCGGAGCAGACGAGAAACCAUGGAGCGCAACAAGACGCGUCGGAGAGACUCAGCAAGCGGACGGGAAACGUGCCAGCCUCGGAGCCUUUUCUAGACUUCUUUCGGCGUCAGCGGGCAGACUUGGGGACGUCAGUGGGUGGACGCUGACUUCUGUGCAGGCGUGCGUAAAAGUGUCUGGAGAGGUGCCGGUAGAGAAAAACAGUCUUAGAGUCACCGUCAGCUACCAAAGGAUAAAGAACGGUCGAGGAGAAGUGAUUAUAAGGAAUCUGGAGUGGAGAGAGUAUACAGUGACGCUGUGUUUUGUGUUUUCAAUCAUGUUUGAGGAAUAGACACAGGGUGGUGCGCUGCGUAAAGUCACAGAUUUGUGUCCCAUGACUGUACAAGGAGCGGCUACUUUCCUUUAAGGAAUCUGCGAAUCUGCGAGAGUUCUGCAAAGAAACAAGCACUGGACUUAUAGUGAGAACGAGUCUGUGAAAACUCCAGAACCAUGGUGAAGUUUCAGAACUCAGACCUGUGGAUAGCCUGGAUGGUUAUCUUCUGCAUGGAGGGUUCACGGUUUGAUCUGCACACAGGAAAAGUGUGUGUCCGGGCCCUGGAAGUGACCGUGUCCCAGAGCAGCAUCCAGGUGGCUCGGGGCCAGACGGCCAUCCUGCCCUGCUCCUUUACCACCAGCGCUGCCCUCACCAACCUCAACAUAAUCUGGAUGGUGAUCCCGCUGUCCAAUGCUAACCUGCCAGAACAGGUGAUAAUUUACCAGAAUGGCCAGGUGUUCACCCUACCUAACCACCUCAAGGGUCGUGUGGGCUUUGUGGCCACCAUGCCAAGCACAAGUGCCUCCAUCUUCAUCAAUAACACCCAGUUGUCUGACACUGGGACAUACCAGUGCCUGGUGAACAACUUUCCCGACGGAGGAGGACGUAACAUCGGAGUCAUUGGGCUCACGGUGUUGGUGCCCCCCUCAGUGCCAGCAUGUCGAAUCCAGGGAACGCUGGAUGUAGGCAGCGACAUCAUGCUGUUCUGCAGUUCAGAGGAAGGCAUUCCCACGCCAUCUUACUCCUGGGAGAAGCUUGAUGCACUGCCCAAGCUACCACACAACGCCAUGCAAGACCAGAUGCAGGGCACUGUCACCUUGAGAAAUAUCAGCACAAGCACCUCAGGGUUUUACCAGUGCACUUCCAGCAAUGCCAUUGGCAAGAGCACAUGUGUGCUAAAUCUGGAGGUUGUGGCACCCCAGCCGCAGAGUAUAGGUCUGAUUGCAGGAACCAUUGCUACAGGAAUCCUUGCUGUCAUCAUCUGUUCACUACUAGUUGUGGUUACACUGUUUUACUGGAAGAACAAGAACAAAUAUGAGGAAGAGGAGAUUCCUAAUGAGAUCAGAGAAGAUGAUUUACCUCCUAAGCGGUCAUCAUCAGUAAAGGCUUUCCAUGCAGAUGCCUCUUCCUCAGAGAACGACACACUGACUUCUACAAACACGUACAACAGUCGCUACUGGCACAACCCUAAAACCAACUACGACACUAACUCCUACACACGCUACAAUGGAGACACUCGUCAGACCUUUACAGCUGCUCCUACUGCUGCUGUACAUGGACCUCACGGAGCCCACAGUCAUGGACAACCUCAGAACGCUACACAGGUCCGUGAAACAGCGGUCACAGCUCCAGGCUCCACCCCUUUAUCCCGCCACCCACCACCCACCACGGCAACGACCACAACAACAUCUUUUGCCAAUGGCGGCCACAUGCUCUCGCCACCCAAGACUCUAGUAGUCACAACAAACUCUGCCCCAUCCCCACCGGCCAUGGUGCGCAGCAACGGCACCGUAAGCCUCAAACCAGUGGUGACAUCCGCACACGGGCACCACACGCACUCUUAUGCUGUUAGCCAAGCGACGCUGGAGCGGAUGGGGGCAGUGCCGGUCAUGGUGCCCGCCCAAAGCAGAGCAGGUUCACUUGUUUAAAAACCUGAUUUGUGACUCUGCUAACAAGACUAAAAGAGUGUUUGGUUGGAAUGUUUGAGAUGUGAUAAGAAACACUGACUGAAUAUGGGCUGAAGCAGUCCACAACCCUUUACAGUUGUGUCUUUCAGUAAGACUAUUUUUUAACCACAAACUAAAAGAAAAUAAAAAAGCUUAGGUUUUACAGUGCAGAGUUUAAUUGAUGCCAAUUCUUUGAUGGACAUAACGCUAUUUUUUCAGUUCCUUUUUGUUUGUGCUAUUUUUAUGGAUUUUCUGCUGGUGAAAACAGUGGGAUAGAUUUUUUUUUGUUUGUUUAUUCCCAAACCCCUGGAUGAUUUCGCAAGGCUGAAGUUCAAAAUCCUGCAAAUCACAGAAUUCUGGAUCUUCUUCAGGGCUGGAUCAUUGUUAUGAUUGUGUGUUUUGUUUUGGGUUUUGUUUUUGACCCAAACCAGACAUUGUUUUUUCUUUUAGCGUGUCAGUUUGCAUGGUCACACAGACGUAAGCUUUGAAUCUCACAGCAUAAUGCAUGUGUCCUUUAAGUUAGUCAGCUUUAUUUCGCAUUAUUUCUUCACACUUUUAAGUUUUGAUUGACAUCAAUGAUAAAAGUGGCAAAAAGUGAAUGUUGAAAGAAAUUAUUUAGAGUUCCCAAAAGCAUAAAAAGUGUAAAGAAUGAAAUGGUAGUUGAAAUGGCCUUAGAAGCUUGGAGUGGAAUGGUCAGGGGUAUUUGGUGCAAUAAACUACAUAGUGUAUGUCAGUGAAUGCAAACGUAAUUAUUUUAACGCACUUUUAGAGCAAAAUAAUAUCAAGAGCUUUGUCUUAUGAAAAUAGUUUUAUUCAUUAUAUGCUUUAUAAUCAAAAAUACAUCCAAUCCUCUCUUUCAAACUCUAUGAUUUCAAGUUGAUUAACAUGCUGGGUUACCAAACAAAAAGAGACCACUCUCCUGAUCUAAACUCUGACUUGCUGCUCAAUAUAGUGCUUGCUGUCACCAUUCUUAGCUGUAGUAUCUCUGACUCACACCAUGUCAGUGCUGCUUUAAGAUGGAAAAAAGAUGUCUUAUUUCAUACAUGCUUCAUAACGAAGCAAGAGAAUUUUUUACAGUAUUUUUGUUCUCAACUAAAGCUCACAUUUAGUCUUUUUUAUCUGUACAUAUUAAAACAGUAGGCUAGAUUGUGAAUCAAAAACAUUUUGUUUCCUCAUACAUAUUACAUCUUACUUACAUCCUAAUGUUCAAACGGUUCUGGGGUUUUUUUUGUUUUUUUUUUACUUCAAGUGGAGGCUACCUUUGAUUCUGCCUCACAGUGUUAUUUCAUACAAAUGUCUAUCUAAUAAAAUGUGUUUCUACAUGAGUGGGCACAUGUAGAAUGUAUAAACAACUGACACCUUUGGCUGUGUGUCAUAGAGUUGUGUUGCUGACCUUCUGUAAUUGUAUUUGAUCAAAUCUCACGGGCAGAGUAAGAAGCUGGAGUGUCUCCAGGUCUUUCCAAAUCUGAUCAUUCUCAUUUCUUUUUGUGCACAUAAUUUACCCUGGCUGCGAGCCGUAUUUUACAAAGUAAACAACUUCAUAACUUAUAUUUAUUUUGAAUUUCAAUAUUACCUUAAACUUAAUACAGUAACUGUAUUUCAUUUAAAAUGUUACUCCUUUUUAAAUGAGUAAUGGACAAAUAUUCUGAAUGGCUAUUUAAAUUGCAUUUAUGGUAUUUAAAACUAAAGAUACCAUUUUAAUUCUACCAAAUAGUUAAAUUAUUUCUUUCUUUGAUUUCUUUGACUGGAUCAAGUUUGAACUGAGUGGGUGUGUGUUUUAUACCAAUUUGCUGUUGUUUGCAGUUGAUCUGCAACUUGCAUUGGUCUCAUUUCCCCUCCACACAUUUUGUCUGUUUGUAAUGAUGAAAUGACUUGUAGCUAAACUUCUCUCUACAGAGUUGAGAAUAGUCAGUUACAUGCAGGUCCUGUUUGGAGCCAGACUUAACCAAACACAAGCUUUGGCACAGCUGUUCAAUCUUGUAAAACCCACAUUUCUUUUUUUAUCCUCUUCUCAGUUCAUUGUCAUGUGAGGAAGAGCUACAUAAUAUGCAUCUACUACUAUAUAUAUGUGCACCUCAAUAAAUAAAACCAUCAUCAAAAAUGUAUUUUGUUAAUUCAGUUACAUAACUGCAAGUCAUCCAUGACGCAUCAUAAAAUUAUUCUUCUAGUUUUGAUUAAGGUGGCUUACAGAUUGUAAAAUAUCAAAUUCUAUUCCAAGAAAGUUAAAAUAUUACAUAGAACAACAA